GACAGACUUUAACGCAGACCCCAAGAGAGAGGAGGACGACUUAGUCUCCAGAUGCAGCACGCAACAUCAUGGAGCGACAGAGGGUUCAACCUAUGGCAUCGAGUAACCCGCGUGCUCAGGCGUUCGCACGGGCCUUGGAGGAGGCCAGGCUUCGAGAGACAGGGGGGGAUGGUGUGCAGGGUGGGGUGGUGGCGGGGGAGGACGUUGCGGAGGGAGUGGCAGCAAAAGCGGACGAUGAGGCUAUGCCGGGUGGACCAGAGGCAGCGGAUGUGGCUAUGGAGGGACGGCCACAGGCGGUGGAUGAGAUUGUGCAGGCAGGACAGCGGCGAGACGAGGGGGCUAUAGACGCACGGCGCGUGGUCCAGGAGAUAGCGACGGGUCCGGUCGUUCCGUUCUCGGGCCUGCACUUGGCUCAGGGCCGACAGUCGCAGGUGGUUCAGAUGGCAGUGCAUGGUGUGCCACUGCCCGUUAUCACGAAUUUGGGGUCCGAGCCGCUGGUUGUGCCCCCACGUCUUCCUAGUCACUUUGCUCCACAGGAGGUCCAUCGUCCUUUGGAUGCAGAGGAGUUGGCGAGAGAGGUUGUGCGCGAUGUUACUCGAUUGGACCGGCGGAUCUUCGACCAGAGGCUCGAGCAUCCAGCAUGGCAAGCGAUCCCUUCGGUUUUGUGGGGUCCUGCGUCGCCCGUGUGGUCUGGGUCUACCUCCACCGGAGGACGUACCGUGGGACAUGUUCUAGGGGUUUCGGGUGGCGUGAUGGAGACAGCGCCAUGCACAGGAGACAUGCCACCCCCUCCUCCUAGACCACCUGUAGGUGAUCCAUCAUCGUUGCCCACAAGCAGAGGCUCUCGAUCCCCACACACGCCUGGGAAACCUAGGAUUCGUGACACGACAGCAGUACAGCGGGACGUGUGUGACACGACGUUAUUCGGGAGGAUAGACAUAGAUUUGGAUUCCACCCGCCGUGUCACGGAGCACGCUGCACGCCUUUAGCCGGGCUUGGGACCUCGCGGCGCCAAGACGACCGAGGCGAGGGAGGUACCAGCAUUAGGUUGUGAGCCUCAGCGAGGUCG